CUUUUUAAUCCUUUUCACAGCGGGACGGGCUUCUCUCCCGUUUGUUAUCAUCCAGUUCUCUCUCGUCUUUUCCAUCUCUUCCCAAAGCUUGGAGUGGACUGCAAAAUCGAAACUUUCUUCAUAAAUUUCCCUGCUUGCCAAAGCUUCUCGAGUGACUGUGUCCUCAAAUCGGAGCAAGACUCGCAGAGCUUAAGCUUUUAAACAGGGGCUGGUUAUGCUGUGCAAUUUGUUCCUAAUAAGUUAGGCAAAAAACUGAAGCACUUUCGAAAAGAUGCAUGCCAGUAACUCGUCUAGUGAAGAGCAGAAAUUUCAAGUCCGAAAAUUACAGAUCUCAGACAAAAACAAGGGUUUCAUAGAGCUACUGAGGCAAUUAACUGUUUGUGACUCUGUAUCUGACAAAGACUUUGAAGAUCGAUUUCGGGAGCUCAGCGCCCUUGGAGAUGACCACAUUAUUUCUGUGAUAGAAGAUGAAUCUUCUGGGAAAAUUAUUGCAACUGGGAGCAUUUUCAUUGAGAAAAAGUUUUUGAGGAAUUGUAGUAAAGUUGGGCACAUUGAAGAUGUUGUGGUUGACUCCAAUGCUCGAGGGUUGAAAUUAGGCAAGAAAAUUAUUGCAUUUCUCACAGAGCAUGCUCAUUUGAUGGGAUGUUAUAAGGUGAUUCUUGACUGCAGUCUGGAGAAUAAAGCGUUCUACGAGAAAUGUGGCUUUAAACAGAAAGAAAUUCAGAUGGUUAAGUACUUUAUUUGAUUUUAUUUUUGUAUCACUUACAAACCAUUUUUGGCAAGUUUGUUGUCUAAUUGUAUUUGGAGAGAAUUAUUUUCAAUUGGAAUGAGGCAAACUCUCUCUGUGCAUGGUGUCUAAUUCA